GCCCGCCCCGCCGCCGCCGCCCGGGCUGUUCCUGUAAGGCGGGGAGACAAUGAGUAAACUCUCCUUCCGAGCGCGGGCGCUGGACGCCGCCAAACCGCUGCCUAUCUACCGCGGCAAGGACAUGCCUGAUCUCAACGACUGCGUCUCCAUCAACCGGGCCGUGCCCCAGAUGCCCACCGGGAUGGAGAAGGAGGAGGAAUCGGAACAUCAUUUACAGCGAGCUAUUUCAGCACAGCAAGUGUUUAGAGAAAAAAAAGAGAGCAUGGUCAUUCCUGUUCCUGAGGCAGAGAGCAACGUCAACUAUUACAAUCGCUUGUACAAAGGAGAGUUUAAACAGCCCAAACAGUUCAUUCAUAUUCAGCCUUUUAAUCUAGACAACGAACAACCAGAUUAUGAUAUGGAUUCAGAAGAUGAGACCUUAUUAAAUAGACUUAACAGAAAGAUGGAAAUUAAGCCUUUGCAAUUUGAAAUUAUGAUUGACAGACUUGAAAAAGCCAGUUCUAAUCAGCUUGUAACACUUCAAGAAGCAAAAUUGCUGCUAAAUGAAGAUGAUUACCUUAUUAAAGCUGUAUAUGACUACUGGGUGAGAAAACGAAAAAACUGCAGGGGGCCCUCCCUCAUUCCUCAGAUAAAGCAAGAGAAAAGAGAUGGCUCAACCAACAAUGAUCCCUAUGUUGCCUUCCGGAGAAGAACAGAGAAAAUGCAAACUCGAAAGAAUCGUAAGAACGAUGAAGCCUCUUAUGAAAAGAUGUUGAAACUGAGACGAGAGUUCAGUAGAGCCAUAACAAUUUUGGAAAUGAUUAAGAGAAGAGAGAAAACAAAACGAGAAUUGUUGCACUUAACCUUAGAAGUUGUGGAGAAAAGAUAUCAUUUAGGAGACUAUGGUGGUGAAAUCCUUAAUGAAGUGAAAAUCAGCAGGUCAGAAAAAGAGUUAUAUGCCACUCCAGCAACUCUUCAUAAUGGAAACCAUCACAAAGUCCAAGAAUGUAAAACUAAGCACUCUCAUCAUUUGUCUUUGAAAGAAGAGGCUUCUGAUGUGGUUCGUCAAAAGAAGAAGUACCCAAAGAAGCCUAAAGCAGAGGCUUUGAUAACAUCUCAGCAACCCACUCCUGAGACAUUGCCUGUGAUCAAUAAGAGUGACAUUAAGCAAUAUGACUUUCACAGCUCAGAUGAAGAUGAAUUUCCACAGGUACCAUCCCCAGUAUCAGAACCUGAAGAAGAAAAUGAUCCUGAUGGUCCCUGUGCUUUCAGAAGACGGGCAGGAUGCCAGUAUUAUGCUCCUCGUUUGGAUCAGGCUAACCAUUCAUGUGAAAACUCAGAAUUGGCAGAAUUGGAUAAAUUGAGGUAUAGGCAUUGCCUUACAACACUUACAGUCCCAAGAAGAUGUAUAGGAUUUGCAAGGAGGCGAAUUGGCAGAGGUGGAAGGGUCAUAAUGGACCGAAUAUCUACAGAACAUGAUCCUGUCUUGAAACAGAUAGACCCUGAAAUGCUGAAUGGUUUUUCAAGCUCUUCCCAAACUAUAGACUUUUCUUCUAAUUUCUCUCGGACCAAUGCUUCCAGUAAACAUUGUGAAAAUAGACUUUCCCUUUCUGAAAUACUAAGCAAUAUCAGAUCAUGUCGACUACAGUGUUUCCAGCCAAGGCUACUAAAUUUACAGGACAGUGAUAGUGAAGAAUGUACCUCAAGAAAACCAGGGCAGACUGUGAACAAUAAAAGAGUUUCUGCGGCAUCUGUAGCUUUAUUGAACACCAGCAAGAAUGGCAUAUCAGUAACAGGGGGUAUCACAGAAGAGCAGUUUCAGACACAUCAACAGCAGUUAGUUCAAAUGCAAAGGCAGCAACUUGCUCAGCUUCAGCAGAAACAGCAAUCUCAGCAUUCCUCGCAACAGACACAUCCAAAAGCACAGGGCUCAAGCACCUCUGACUGUAUGUCCAAAACACUUGACUCAGCCAGCGCCCACUUUGCUGCAUCUGCAGUGGUCAGUGCACCUGUUCCAAGUCGCAGUGAGGUAGUCAAGGAACAGAACCCUGGCCACAACAACAUAAACGGUGUUGUCCAGCCUUCAGGAACGUCUAAAACAUUGUAUUCCACCAAUAUGGCUUUAUCAUCUAGCCCAGGGAUUUCAGCUGUACAGCUUGUAAGGACAGUUGGUCACACCACAACAAACCACUUAAUCCCAGCGUUGUGCACAAGCAGUCCUCAAACACUUCCCAUGAACAAUUCCUGCCUGACAAAUGCAGUGCACCUCAAUAAUGUCAGCGUUGUUUCUCCAGUCAAUGUGCAUAUCAAUACACGGACUUCAGCACCCUCGCCAACAGCCUUAAAACUCGCCACAGUGGCUGCCAGUAUGGACAGAGUGCCAAAGGUUACUCCUAGCAGCGCCAUCAGCAGCAUAACAAGAGAGAACCAUGAACCAGAAAGAUUGGGUUUAAAUGGAAUAGCAGAGACAACAGUAGCUAUGGAAGUGACAUAACCUAAAACAUGUGGCUUUGACCUGUGCUGAUGGUGUGCAGUCAUUCAUAUUCCAGCUGAAUGCAAAAGGCGACACUCUGUAGGUCACAGAGUGUACCAAUGGACCUAAAUGGACUACAGUAUAUCGGAUGUUAAAUCGAUAUAUAAUGUAUAUUUUGUAAAAUUGGGAAAAUCACUACCUUGUAAAAUAGUUUAUUUGUAUCAUCAAUAUUAUUUCUGUUACUUGAAUAGUAGAUAUUCAUCAUCAUGCUUUUGCACUUGAAUUUGCAACUGAAUGGAUUUUAAAAAAUAAUUCUUUAAUGGGAUCAUGAGCAUGAAAUGGGAUCCUGCAUCACUUGUUUUAACUAUUUAUUUUGCCAUGUUUACAUUUUGUAUCUUGUAAAAAUAAAUCCAACUUUGUGUCUAAAAAGUUAAAGAUUCAUAGCUAGGAAAUGAAAUUCUUGUAAUUUUUUUCUAAAGGAACUGUAAAGUUUUCACUUGGUUCAUUUUGUUUCACAAUUUGACUAGAUGGACUUUUUGGUAAAUACUUUAGUGGCAUUUCACUGUCAAAUAUGAAGUUCAAGGCAAAAUAGUAUUUUCUAUUACUGUGCAGGGGAAAGGGAUGGAUCGAUACAUGCAAAUUUAAUGUAGUAACUCACUUUUCCAUAUAUUUUGAAUGUAUAUUUCUAUUUAUAAUACCAGUUUAUAAAAAAUAAUUACACAGAAAAAUGGACUAGGAAAAAUUAUGCAUCUAGCACAUUUAAACUGUGCGGAUAUGAAAAUUUUUCAAGGAUUACAUUUUAUCUGAAGACUACAUAUUUUAACUGGCUUUAAAACUGUAACACAUCACAUAAAGAUAUUUUACCAGGUAUGUAUUGCAUUAUAUCAUUGCAAUAAUUACUGGAAGUCUAGCUAUCGAGCCAUCCCAGGUGUUGGGAGGGGGGGAGGGUUGUGGCAAGAUUGUCUUUUCAAUUUUGGAGAGUUUUCCUGUGGCUACAAGGCAAGUAACGGGUUGGAAAAAGUCUGACUGUAAGCGUUGGACACCUUCAUAGUGUAGUGUUUUAGUGACUUUUUUUAUACGGUUCUUGUAAAUUAGAUACGUGUAGUGGUGUUUCAGAAUGUUUGUUUAUGCACUAGUUCAGACAACUUUCCCUGUUACUUGUUCUUGAUAAGUGAAAACUGCAGGGAAAUAAAAAAUACAUAUCAAACAUGGA